UUCAUGAUUUGAUGUUUACUGAAGAUGGCCACAAAAUGAGUCUUGAAGGUGCUUUAAAAACCAAACUGCUUCUGCAGGAGUGCCAUUUUACUUGGUCUCUAAGAGAAGAAGAAGACUUUGUUCUCUGUGAUUUACUGAAUCGUCUGGAGGAUCAGAUUCAGUUGGAAUCUGAUGAGGCAAGAGUAACACGAGCUUACAGCAGCGUUGGAUUUGUUCUGUAUCUCUAUGGCAACCAGCAGGAAGCACUCGCAAGUCUCCAGAAAUCAGUGCAGCUUGCAAAAGAACACUACAAAGACAGUGAUGAAGUUCUUAUUGUUACCUAUGGAGACCUUGCCUGGUUGCACUAUCAUAUGAAUGAGGUCUCUAAAUGUGAAGAUUACUUGAGAGAGUUAGAGAGGAUCCACAGAAAAUUUUCUGAAGGAUUCACUUAUACUGUUGAGGUGCUCAGAGAAAAGGGUUGGACUUUUCUUAAAUUCUCCUACAAAUACUACAAUGCUGCAAAGGAAUGCUUUAGACAGGCCCUUGAAUUUAACCCAGAUGACAGUGAUUUAAAUUCAGGCUAUGCUAUUGUAAUGUUCCGCACAACAAAUGAGAACUCUGAAUCUUUAGACUCACCAACAAUAAAACAGCUCAAAAGAGCUAUAGAGCUUGAUCCAGAUGAUGCUGUUCUUUUAGUCUUGCUAGCCUUGAGAAUGCUGCAUAACAGAGAUGAUUGGAAGACAUACGAAACUGCAUUGAAGAAGGUGAUUGUGGCACUGAGGAUGUCCCCUGAAAACCCACACGUCAUAAGAUACGCAGCAAAAUUUUGCCGCCAAUUAGGAAACAUGGAUGCUGCCAUUACUCUACUGGAAGAAGCCCUGCAGGCUACCCCAAACUCAGCCUUUAUACACCAUGAAUUGGCUAUGUGUUACAAAGGUAAAAAAGAAAUCCUGGAAAAGAAACAUAGGACGCAUAGUAAAGCAGAGUUUGAUGUUAAAGAGUCUGAUGAAGUCCAGAAAUACCUGCAUAAGUGCAUCUAUCAUCUGGAAAUGGCAAUUUCCCUAAAGCCGUCUUUUGCUACUGCCAUGGCAGAUGUAGCACUGCAUUACGGACAACUAGGUCGCUUCGAAGCUGAGAGUCUUUUUGAAAAAGCAUUUAAAAUGACUGAAAAUAAAAAGCGAGAUCUGCAGGAAGUUCAUUGUUUAUUUGGCCAAUACCAGCUCUACUACAAAAGAUCUGAACAACUGGCCAUCCAUCAUUUCAUGCAAGGUCUGAGGCUGCAACCGAAAUCAGAGGAAGGCAAGAAGUGUGAGGACAAACUGUAUAAGGUGAUUGAACAUCGAAUUAAAAGGCUGAAAAACCAGGAUGACGGCAUGGUGUGUGGCAUACAGGGAUUCAUUCAUGAAGUGAAGGGUGAAAAACUCAAGGCUGAACAGUUUUAUGAGAGAGCCAUAACAAAUGGGCUUGAUUUAGGUGAAAGCCCUCUUCUCAAAGAGAUAAGAAUUUGGCUCAUGAGUUUCAGUGAAACCGAAAAAUCUGUUCUAAAACUGGUUUUUGAUGACCGUUAUGAUGAAGUUGGAAGUGGGAGGCUUAAGACAUUCAAAGGUGCCAUGAAUGAGGAGAUUGUGCACUUGGUUGAUAUUAAUAUCUGCAAUGACAAGAGGAUUCUUAAAUGGGAAAAACUGACUCUUGGGCCCCAUGCCAUUCUACUUGCAUUUUCUCUGCAUGAUGGCGAAUUCACAGACCAGACCAAAAAGAUUCUAGAAAGUUUAGAAUUUCUUGGAGAGAAAUUUUGGAAUCAUGUCAUUGUAGUAUUUACAGAGGGAGACCGUAAUAUAGAUGAGUAUUCUGGAGAUCAGAGAAGCGUAUUGGAGUGGCUUCUUGAAAAAUGUGGAGACAAAUCCUACAUCUGUGGCUCUGCACCAGAAACUACAGAGAGGAGAGAGCUUUCAGAGAGGAUACAGAGGAUGAUAAGGAGAAAUAAUUCAAUGCAUCUAGUCUUACCAGAUAAUUCAAAUGGAGAUUCUCAAUCCCCUUUAGACAUUUUAAGGAAGCUAGACAUGAAAGAUUGUUUGUUCACUCCCAAGGUCAUCGUUCAGAAAGGGCAAAGUAAAUACAGGUUAGAGUGCGACCAUGCAGGCUGGUUCCAUUGUAAGUUUACACAGAUUGGUUUUAACAUGGAGGGGGAAGGAGAGGUGCUAUACAGCACUGUUCUUCAAGACAGCGACUGUCCAGUCCCUGCCAACUAUUACCAAGCAGGACCUGUGUAUGAUAUCAAAUGUGUUCAGGGUGAGCUGUCUCAGCUCAGACUACCUCAUUGUGAGACCUCCAUUGAGGAUGCCUGCCACUUCAUGUCAGUUAUACAUUACUCUAGUCAGAUUGCUGAUAUUUUGAAACCUCAGAAUAUCACAAGCACGCACGUUACAGUGAGCAUCCCAGGAACAUCAACGUUCUUUAUUUCCAAAGUAGCAAAUUGGUUUACGAAUCGUUGGUCUAAGACACAUGGCCAGGUGAUGCUAUUCUAUCUACAGCGAACACAUAGGCUGCAUGUGUUUCUACAACCACGUAGUGUGGAUCCCAGAGAAGUGGAAAACUGUAAUAAAGAUUACAGAUUAAUCCAAACAGCUUGUGAAUGCAUGCUCAAAUAUGAAUGUGUGUACAGCAUGUCCUGUGAUCCUGUUGAGGAACAUGGACUUUCAGUGAGACCAGUAUCAAAGAUACAACCAGCGGACACAAAACUUCAUUGCACAAAGCAGUGGAAACAUUACUAUCCAACAUUUGAUAUAAAGUUGCCAGAUGGUGUGAUGGAUGUGGAUUUACACCUCAAAAAGAAAAACCCCAAGAAAGGAAAGGUUAAAGUUGUAUGGAGACGUGACAUAACACUGACAGACUAUACAGCAGAAAACAGCAGUCCAAUCCUAUCAACUAAAGAACAAUGUGUAUCCUUUCUGAAAAACAACAAAGCUAAACUUAUUCAAAGAGUGAGAAAUGUGGAUGUCAUUUUAGAUCACCUUGGUGACGUUAUUGCAAAUGAGCAGAUAGACGAAAUCAGAGAACUGACAACAUCUCAGAGAAAAAUGAGGAUGAUCUUUGAUAUCAUAGAAACACAAGGGCCUUUGUCGGAACAGACAUUUUUGGAAGUGCUUUACAAGGAAGAACCAGUUCUUAUGAAAGAUAUGACAACAGACAGCAACUAA